AUGACUGAUAUAUUGGAUAAGAAUUUUGGAUUGCAAUUUCCGGAGGAACUUGAUGGAACAUUAGACCUACAAAACGGCUCAGCAAAUUGUUGCAAAUUCAAUAGAUGGGGAACACUCGUAGCGGUUGGGUGCACUGAUGGACGCGUGUUUAUUGUGGACUUUAUAACGAAAGGCCCAGUAAAAGUAUGGACUGCGCACACACUUCCAGUCGCAUCGUUGUCAUGGUCACGCGACGGCCGAAAAUUGUUAACGGGUUCAUCGGAUAUGACAAUUGCCGUGUGGGAUGUGUUAACAGGGGCAUGCUUGCAAAAAAUCAGAUUCAACUCAAUGGUGACAUUCGCCAUGUUCAAUCCAAGAGAUGACAACAAAGCCGUAGUAUUGCAAUUGCAAUUUCCACCGACUGUUGAACAAUUUGAUCCAAGAGUUCAAAAGGUUCUGAUGAAUGAAACUCCGGGCUCGGCUGACGAUGUGGUCAGCUGCAUAUCAUACGAUCGAAAAGCAAAAUAUAUCAUUACUGGAACGGGAAAGGGAAAGUUGAUUAUAUAUGAUGCCAAUACUCUAAAGUGCGUUUCGUGGUGCAAACAGAACACUGUGCAGCAAAUUCGGCAAAUAAUUGUUCCGAUGAAGAGUAGUUUUAUUCUCACAAACACUCAAGACAGAAUUAUUCGAACAUACAACGCUGAGGAUUUAUUAAAACUGAAAGGACAAACGGUUGAAGCGAAAUAUAAAGUGCAAGACAUGGUUAACAAGGCCGCGUGGAAGAAUGUUUGUACGGACAGUGAUGGUUUAUACAUUUGCGGUGCAUCGACAAAAUCGCAUUCGUUGUACAUUUGGGAGAGUCAUACCGGAUCACUGAUCAAGAUUUUGCACGGUACCAAAGGCGAGACCCUACUCGAUGUUCAAUGGCAUCCGACGAGGCCCGUCAUUCUUUCAAUUGCGCAAGGAAUCGUUUCAUUGUGGACACAAGCACACGUUGAGAACUGGUCGGCGUUUGCCCCAGAAUUCCAGGAGCUCGAAGAGAAUGAGAAGUAUCAGGAAAAAGAAGGGGAGUUUGACAUGGAGGAUGAGGACGAGGACGAGGAUCAGAAUAACAAAGAUCAAGAUGCAGAAGAAGCUGAAAUCGAUAUUAUUGGAUUGAAGCCGCAUGAAUAUUUGGCUAGCUCCGAUGAGGAAGAAUACGAAAAAAUGAAGCCAGAUCGAUCACUGAAGUCUGGCCCUCUUUGGUAUAUACCGAUAGCCCCCGAUGUUGAUAACCCGGAAAUCAGCACGCCACUCGCCGGCCUUCCAUCGACAUCGUCUGGUGAGCAAAUUUGA